AUAUCAGUGCAGCACACUCGCAGGGUCCCAGCACACUGCGCUGCAGCUGCUCCAGAAGUUCCUUCUCUUUGUUCUUGCUGCAUCCACCAUGGUCCUCUAUCACAAGGAGUUCGCCGAUGCCGGCCAGAAGUCCGGUCUCCAGAUCUGGAGAAUUGAGAAAAUGGACCUGGUCCCGGUCCCGGAAAGUCUACACGGUAACUUCUACGUGGGAGACGCUUAUAUCAUUCUCCAUACCAUACUGAAGAGCAACAGCAAAUAUUACGACCUGCACUACUGGCUCGGGAAGGAAUGCUCUCAAGAUGAAAGCACGUCAGCCGCCAUUUUCACUGUGCAAAUGGAUGACUAUCUUGGAGGAAAGCCCAUUCAGUACAGAGAACUACAAGGCUACGAAUCCAGUGUGUUUGUUGGAUAUUUCAAAGGAGGGAUUAAGUAUAAGGCUGGUGGAGUGGCAUCUGGUUUCACGCAUGUGGUGACUAAUGACCUCACUGCCCAACGUCUAUUUCAUAUCAAAGGUCGAAGAGUGGUGAGAGCAACAGAGGUUCCUCUUAACUGGUCCAGCUUCAACAGUGGAGACUGCUUCAUCAUUGAUCUGGGAUCUGUGAUUUAUCAAUGGUGCGGAUCAACAUGCAACAAGUACGAGCGCUUUAAGGCUAUGCAAGUAGCGAACGGGAUACGCGAUAACGAGAGGAAGGGACGGGCGCAGCUGGUGGUCGUGGAAGAAGGGAGCGAACCGAAUGAACUAACUAAGGUUUUGGGUAAGAAGCCGAAUCUCCCGGAUGGGGAUGACAACGACGAAGUCGCAGAUGUCACAAAUAGGAAGAUGGCGAAGCUCUACAUGGUGUCUGAUGCCAGUGGGUCCAUGAAGGUCUCGGUCAUUUCAGAAGAAAACCCCUUCACCCACGCCAUGCUGAUUUCAGAGGAAUGCUUCAUCCUGGACCACUCUGCGGACAAAAAGAUCUUUGUAUGGAAAGGUAAAAAUGCAAAUGUGAGCGAGAGGAAGGCGGCCAUGAAGACAGCAGAGGAUUUCAUAAAACAGAUGAAUUAUCCCCUUAAUACUCAGAUCCAAGUGAUCCCAGAAGGAGGGGAGACUCCUAUAUUCAAACAAUUCUUCAAAGACUGGAAGGACCAGGACCAGAGUGACGGCUUUGGGAAGGUUUACGUCACAGAACGGAUCGCUCAGAUUAAGCAGGUUGACUUUGAUGCCUCCAAACUUCAUGAAUCACCAGAAAUGGCCGCCCAGCACAAUAUGGUGGACGAUGGAUCUGGAAAAGUUGAAAUUUGGCGUGUGGAAAGCAGCGGACGAGUCCCUGUAGAUUCCAGCACAUACGGACAGUUCUAUGGUGGAGACUGUUACAUUAUUCUCUACACUUACCCUAAAGGGCAGAUCAUCUAUACCUGGCAAGGAGCCAAGGCGACACGGGACGAGCUGACCACUUCGGCAUUUCUGACGGUGCAGCUGGAUCGUUCUCUGGGGGGCCAAGCAGUCCAGGUCCGAGUCACGCAGGGAAAGGAACCUUCUCACUUACUGAGCUUGUUCAAAGAAAAACCUCUUAUUAUAUACAAAGACGGUACAUCCAGGAAGGGGGGUCAGGCAACUCCCAGCCCCGUGAGACUCUUCCAGAUCCGCAGAAAUUUGUCUUUCAUCACUCGCAUAGUGGAGGUAGAAGCCGACGCCUCCUCAUUGAAUUCUAACGAUGUCUUUGUGUUGAAACUGAAGAAUAAUUCUGGGUAUCAGUGGGUAGGAAGAGGCGCCAGCGGAGAGGAAGAGAAGGGAGCGCAAUAUAUCACCAAUGUCCUCAAAUGCAAGACUGCGCGGAUAAAUGAAGGCCAGGAGCCAGAUGACUUCUGGAGUGCCUUGGGAGGUAGAAAAUCUUACCAGACGUCAGAGCUCCUGGGAUCACAACAAGGAGAUCACCCAACACGGCUGUUUGGCUGCUCAAAUAGGAGUGGGAGAUUUGUGAUUGAGGAGGUCCCAGGAGAAUUUACACAAGAGGAUUUGGCAGAAGAUGAUGUCAUGUUACUAGAUACAUGGGAACAGAUAUUUUUGUGGAUUGGGAAAGAUGCCAAUGAAGUGGAGAAGAAAGAAUCCUUGAAGUCAGCCAAACAGUACAUUGACACUGAUCCAUCUGGAAGAGAUAAAGGAAUUCCCAUUUCUACUGUGAAACAAGGACAUGAACCCCCAACAUUCACUGGCUGGUUCCUGGGUUGGGAUUACAGCAGGUGGCAGUAGUGAGCGGACUCACAGGAACCUGCUACCGUGAAGGCGCUAGUCUCAAGUUAUACCGUUCAUAUAGCUCCAGCCAUGUAGCCAUAUUCCCUGCUUUUAGUGGCUGUUUGGGAUAAAUAUGUUACUUUGAACGUCUGCAGUUUUUAUUUUUACAAGCAUUUCAUUAUGUUCAUGGUUUUCUCAGUGGAAAUUAAGAAUAAAUCUCUAUAUGUUUUGAA